AUAUAUAUAUGUAUUUGCGGGGGUUUUAUUAGGGUUUCAUAGAGUGGAGAAAAAUAAGGGGCAAUAAUUAGUAACUGGACCAGAGUGCAGGCUGUGGGAGAGGACUAACAUGAGCCUGUCGGUUGUUCUAGAAAGAUCAGUACCACUGUUCUCCUCUCAUCGCUCACUAUGAGUGUAUGCGUAAUAUCCAACCCAAAAAACUUGUUCCUUCGAUGGAUGGAUUUUAUGGGGUUGGAUGGGUGAAACAAACUUCCCCCUUCGCUUGUGUUUUGCUCUCUUUGCUGGUGCAAUUACAGCUUUGUCUCCUUAACUUAUCAGAAUUAAUCUCCCUUUACUUUGAUCCAAAUCCAAUCCCAUCCAUCUCUAAAACACUCGCUUAAUUACGUCUUGGGAAGCUGGGUUGAAAUCAGUGGACGUUUGGUGGGUGAGCACCCAAAAAUGUCAAAAUCAAAAUAAGAGAGAAAAAGAAUACUAAUCCUCCGUUAGCCAGUGAUUAAAUCUUUGAUUAGAGGAGAGAAAUUAGAUAUUGUCUAGCUAGGGGAGGAGAGGAAUUAUUAGGGUUGAGAAAGAAAUGAAAUUGCAGAAAAAAUCACUUAGUUAUAGCUACCUUAUAAAGAACUAGAAAUCAUGAAAAAAAUCUUUUAGUGAAGAGAAAAUAAUAUUUUGGUGAAGAGAAAAAAAAAAAAAAAAAGAAGAAAAGGGUAUUAUAGCAGGAUGAGAUCAAGGUCAAGAGAAGUUGCGAUAAUAGAGACGAGAAGAUUUAAUGGAAGUACUGAUGAGAGGGCGAGAUAAAAGAAAUUAUAGGGAUGAUGAGAAGUAAUAGUACUCUUGAUUAUAGCUCACCCAAUAGGGAUUCUUCUUCCAAGCUUUCUUCUUCACCCAGAGAUCACCACCAAAUAAACCAUGGCAACACCACUUUCAAUCCAGCUCCAAACCAAACCCUAGACCACCUUUCCUAUCAACCAAACAAACCCAGAAGGGAAAAUAUUAGCAAUCCUGAUCCAAACCCCAAUACAAAUCCAGAUCCAAUCACACCAAUUGCGCCGGUCAACGCCGUGAGAUACCGGGAAUGUUUGAGGAAUCAUGCCGCGAGCAAAGGCGGCCACGUGCUCGACGGCUGCGGAGAGUUCAUGCCGAGCGGGGACGACGGCACGGAGGAGGCGCUGAAAUGCGCGGCUUGCGAAUGCCACCGCAACUUCCACCGGAAAGAGAUCGACGGCGAGUCCCAGUACAAUCCCAAUCACAAGCUGUCAAGAAAUAGUAACAAUAAUAAUUCAGUAGUGCUGCCUCAACAUUAUCUUCCUCCUCCUCCUCCUACAGUGCUGCCUAAUCACAAUCCUCAUCACCACUACAACCAUCGUAAUCAUCACAAUUCUGAUCAUCCUCAAUAUCCAGUGCAUCACCACCGCCGUCCGAUUGCGGCACCGGUGAUGAUGGCCUUUGGCGGGGCUGAGUCGUCGAGCGAGGAUCUGCACAUGUUUGAUCACGAUCAUAACAUCAACCAGUCGAAGGCGGCCGCGGCAGUUCAGCACGCCGGGGAGUCGAAGAAGCGGUUUCGGACGAAAUUCAAUCAGGAGCAGAAGGAGAAGAUGAUGGAGUUGGCGGAGAAGCUCGGAUGGAGGAUCCAGAAGCAUGACGACCAGGAGGUUCAGCGGUUUUGCUCCGAAGUUGGUGUCAAACGACAGGUUUUCAAGGUUUGGAUGCAUAAUAAUAAGCAGGCCAUGAAGAAGAAGCAAGUGUAAGGAUGUUAGGAAUUUGAUGAAAACUAGAUAUACUUGAUUCAUGAUGGUGAUAAUGUUGUGAUUAAUUAAUUGUUAAUUAGUUGUACUUAAAGAAGAUGAUAGCUAGAUAUAUUUUGUAGUGAAUAAUUAGAGAUGGAACAUUUUCUUUUUUUUUUUUUUUUU